GCGUUUUGUCCUCGUAUAUUAACGAGCGUUUUGUCCUCAGAUAUUAACGAGUGCUUCGAGGGUGAAUUCUGUUUCCCCAGAGGAGAAUGUGUGAACACUCAGGGAUCAUACACGUGUGUGUGUGCUCAGGGAUUCACACUGAGUGACAACAGAACAUCCUGUCUCGAUGUGGAUGAGUGUUUGAAGUCAACUGUGUGUUUGGACGGAAGCUGCGUGAACACCGAAGGCUCCUUCCAGUGUCUGUGUCAAACCGGCUUCACCACCAACCCAGAGAAGACCGCCUGCCUCGAUGUAGACGAGUGCGUGUCCUCCAGGGGUUCAGUCUGUGGCUCGCGGCGAUGUGAGAACACCAUCGGUUCCUACCGCUGCCUGACGUCCUGCCAGCCGGGCUACCAGGUGGCUUCGACGGGCCGCUGUGUCGACAUUAACGAGUGUGCAAAUAAGACCGUGUGUGGUGAUCACGCCUUCUGUCAGAACCUGAUCGGAACUUACCAGUGUGUCUGCGACCAGGGCUUCAUCUCCAUGGCUGACGGCAAGGCUUGUGUUGAUGAGGAUGAGUGUGUGUCUCUGCAGGGUGUGUGUGGUUUGGCUCGUUGUGAAAAUGUUGAGGGAUCCUUUAUGUGUGAGUGUGACGGACAGGGGGAGGAGUUUGACACCAGGACCAGACAGUGUGUCAACACUGUAGGACAAGGGCAGCCAGGAUUCACCUCCUCCUCGUCCUCGUAUCCCGGUGGGGGGGUGUUGAUGCCAGUGAUGCCGCCUCUCCCUGCAGCGCAGCCCGGCGAGCUCAGGGAGUGUUACUACAACCUGGCCGAGCAAGGAACCUGCAGCCUGCUGGCCACCAACAGCAGCCAGCAGGAGUGCUGCUGCACUGUGGGGGAGGCCUGGGGGCUGGGCUGUCAGUACCACACCUGUCCCCUGAUGGACACCGCCGAGUUUCUGUCUCUGUGUCCCAGUGGGAGAGGAUACGUCACAGCGGGUCCAGGAGCCUUCAGCUACAAAGAUGUGGAUGAGUGUAAGCGUUUUCAUCCUGAUGUGUGUAGAACGGAGUGGUGUGUGAAUAACAUCCCAGGAUACAACCUGCUACUGCUCCAGUGGAUACGUCUACGACGGGACGCUGCUGGAGUGUGUAGAUCAGAUGAGUGUGAGGAGGAGAGCUGUGUGGGAGGCAUCUGUGUCAACACAGUGGGCUCAUAUUAUUGCAGCUGUCAGCGCCCUCUGGUGCUCGAUGACACUCAACGCAACUGUGUCAACUCCUCCCUCCUCACUGUGGGUAAGACCCGCCUUCUUUUUCACACCUCACUGUGCUGGAGUUGA